CUUGCUGUGUAUUUCUCAAAAUCAUUCAUUCUUUUUCUUUUUAAGUCAUCGUUUGAAGUUACAAAGUAUCUCACUAUGGGUAUCAAAAUGAGUCCGAUUAUUCAAGGUACUAGAAUCUUGAGGAGGUUUUCAAAUUCCGGAGGUGUUCCAAAAGGUCAUUGUGCAGUAUAUGUAGGAGAGAGCCAGAAGAAGAGAUUCGUCGUGCCAAUAUCUUACUUGAGCCAACCUUUAUUUCAAGACUUGUUAACUCAAGCUGAAGAACAGUUUGGCUUCGAUCAUCAGAUGGGUGGUCUCACAAUACCUUGCAAAGAGGACGUGUUUGUUGAUCUCACAUCCCGCUUAAGACGAUGAAUUGUAUCAAAGUGCAAAUUCAAAUUUUGCACAUGAAAUUUUGUGAAGUAGUAGUAGGACUUGGAUAUUAGAAAGAGUAAAAUCCACUGUAUAGUUCAGAAACACAAGAAACUAGAAAAAAUCUUCAAUGAUAAAUUUAUGAAUAGCAAAAGUGCUGGUUCUAAUAAUCACUAUUUUGGUAGUAUCUGCUAAAACAAUUCUGUUAUUCAUUUAUGAUAUUUCUUCUAAGCAAAUUAAUUAAGCCCCUGCAUGCAACAGUUGCACUGUGUGGCACAAACUAGCACAUCGAAGAAAGU